AUGACGGAGAAUGAGUUGUCGUCGCCGACCUCAACAUCCUCCUCAGACGAUUUCAGCCCGAGAAAGAUGGACAAGGUGAACUACAAAAAAAGCAACAAACCAAUGAUGGAAAAGAAGCGACGGGCCAGGAUUAACUGUUGCCUCAACCAGCUCAAGUCUCUGGUACUCCAGGCUAUGAAGAAAGACAACUCGCAAUAUUCCAAGCUGGAAAAGGCAGACAUUCUAGAACUGACAGUCAGACAUUUGAAGGAAGUCCAGAGAUACCAGGCCAGCUCAUUUUCCAGCAUUCCUGAUGCAAUGAGCAAGUACAGGGAUGGCUUUAAUGAAUGCGCUGGCGAGAUCGUCAGGUACCUUGCAGAAUCACAGGCAGUCAACGACGAGGCUCGAAGCCGAAUCCUCUCCCACCUGGCCUCCCUGCUCAGCCCUAUCAACAAUAUACCACUCCAACAGAAUCAUGUCCCGAUUUUACCAGCACAGUUACAGCAGGCACAGCAUCAUCUACAACAGCAGCAGCAUCAACAACAGCAACAGUCGUACCCACAGCAGCUACAUCUUCAACAACAGCAAACCCACCAUGUUAUAUUUGCUUCAUCAUCUCAAUCCCUAGCUACUGACGCAAACAAUAAUAAAUCUUCAAUGCCACAUCCAGCCUUCCUUGCGCCUACCGGAAAUAAUGUAGAUAUAAGUCACAUGAUUUCCGGGUCACCAACGGCUUUUCAGUCUCCAAUAAUCGCAGGGGUUAACGGUAUUCCUAAUCUGCAGUUUCCCUACGUGACAACAGCAGCAAUGACAGAAGCAGCAGCAUCGGCAGCGACCACGGCACAUUUACAGCUUCUGCCAACCACUUUACCAUCUGGACAUGUUGCUCUGGUCCUUGCUCCACAGAGUAUGCCCUCCAUGACCGUCUUCGGAUCCCGGACUCAGAAUAGUAAAGAGACAUUCAGCCAACAGACUGUUAGUGGAUCGCUUUCAGGGGAUCUCAAGCCCCAGGUGAAAAUCAGUGACAAUUCACUUUCUUUAGGGAAGAAACGACCAGAAGCUCUUAAAGAUGAUGGCGCGACCUUUUCGGGUUCUCGACAGUUGUCUUCAAUGGCAUCAGUGCAUUCUUUAUCAUCGAAUAAAAAACACACGAACACGCUUGCGAACUGUUCAGUAUCAAACCCAGGUGGUACUUUCAGUAGAAGCAGCAGCAUCAGCAAUACAGAAGAUAUGCAUGGUUUAAAUGUUGUUAGGACAACUUCAACGUGGAGACCCUGGUAG